AGGUGCCCCCCCACCCCCACCCCAGCGCAGCUGGAGCUCGGGAGCUAGACGGUUCGGACCCGAACCUGCGUGGGGCGCAGGGAUGGAGGGGGUCCGCAAUUGUGGUAGCGAGCGAGACCAUCAGCGGAGUCGGGGCGAGACUGGGGAGUAGGAAUCGCGGUGGGGGCCAGUAUUUCCCCAGUCUCAUCCUAGUCCCCUGGAGAUGCUCCAGUGCCUGCCUUUGGAAGGUGAGGAAGGGACAGAGUCAGAAGGGAGGGAGAACAGUUCCAUAGAAGACCUGAAAGAAAUCGUCACCCUGGCUUUUGUGAGCGAGAACACUGGGGCGCAAGAGGGGCUUCCGAAUGCCCAGCAGCAAGGCAAGAAGAAGAGGAAGAAAAAGAGAUUGGUGAUCAAUCUAUCCAGUUGCCGAUAUGAGAGUGUGCGUAGGGCUGCCCAACAGUACGGCCUUCGAGAGGGAGGGGAAAAUGACGACUGGACUCUCUACUGGACUGACUACUCGGUGUCACUGGAGCGGGUGAUGGAAAUGAAAAGUUACCAGAAAAUUAACCACUUCCCAGGGAUGAGUGAAAUCUGCCGCAAGGACUUGCUGGCCAGGAAUAUGAACCGCAUGUUAAAGAUGUUCCCUAAAGAUUUCCACUUUUUCCCUAGGACCUGGUGUCUUCCUGCUGACUGGGGAGAUUUGCAGAACUACAGCAGGUCAAGAAAAAAUAAGACAUACAUUUGUAAGCCAGAUUCGGGCUGCCAAGGAAGAGGUAUAUUCAUGACCCGGACGGUGAAAGAAAUCAAACCAGAGGAGGACAUGAUCUGUCAGCUCUAUCUUUCAAAGCCCUUUAUCAUUGAUGGAUUCAAGUUUGACCUACGGGUUUAUGUGCUGAUGACAUCCUGUGACCCUCUCAGGAUUUUUGCAUACAGUGAAGGACUGGUCCGCUUUGCCACAACCUCUUACUCCCCUCCUUGCACAGACAACCUGGAGGAUAUCUGCAUGCACCUGACGAAUUAUUCCAUUAAUAAGCACAGUUCCAAUUUCAUUCGAGAUGUUCACUCUGGCAGCAAGAGGAAGCUCUCCACCUUCAACAUGUACAUGGAGAGACAUGGCUACAAUGUGGAGCAGAUAUGGAGAGAUAUCGAGGACGUCAUCGUCAAGACGAUCAUCUCAGCCCACCCCAUCAUCAAGCACAACUACCACACCUGCUUCCCCAACCACACACUCAACAGCGCCUGCUUUGAAAUCCUGGGCUUCGACAUUUUGUUGGACCACAAACUCAAGCCCUGGCUGCUGGAGGUCAACCACUCUCCGAGCUUUUCCACCGACUCCUGUUUAGAUAAAGAGGUGAAGGACAGCCUGCUGUAUGAUACCUUGGUUCUGAUCAACCUGGGAAGCUGUGACAAAAAGAAAGUCUUGGAGGAGGAGAGGCAACGGGGCCGGUUCCUGCAGCAAUGUCGUUCUCGGGAGGCCAGGAUGGAGGAAGUCAAGGGUUUUCGGGCUGUGCGUCUAGAGAAAACUGAGAAGUAUGAGAAGGAAAAUUGUGGAGAGUUCCGCCUGAUUUAUCCCAGUCUGAAUUCGGAGAAGUAUGAGAAGUUUUUCCAGGACAAGAAUUCCCUCUUCCAGAAUACGGUUACCUCCAGGGCCCGGGAGGUGUAUGCCCGGCAACUGAUCCAGGAGCUGAGACUAAAGCAGGAGAAAAAAUCCUUCCAAACUAAAGAGAAGAAGGUCGAGAUGCAGGGGGAAUCGGCAGGCGAGCAAACAAGAGGCAAGAGCUCGAGAAGCUGGCAACAGACACAAUUGCAGAAAUACAAAGCAGCUACCACCCACGCCUCCAAACAAUACCUCCAGCCAUUGACAUUAGUGUCCUGCACACCUGACUUGCUCUCAAAUGUCAGAGAUGCAAAGAAAAAUGAGACAGACAGCAGCCUCGACCAGGAGGCCCCCAAGGAGGAGGAUGGCCCUGCUCCCCCUAAGCUUGCAUCUGCGUGGCAUUACCACUCUGUACCUGACCUGAGGAAUUCAAGCCUUCUCUGCUGCUCCAGGCUGGAGCUCAGUAAACUCAUCUCCAGAAUCAAGGAAGUCAAGUCUGCCUCUGCAUUGAACAUAUUUACCGGCACGCUGCCCUUAAGUUCAGUAGAAACCUCUCCAGAAUCCAGCACUCAGGUCUCAGACUCCCCUGAGUCUCUGCUGAGCAUGACUGUGAAGACCAGCUUUGAAUGCAGGAGCCCAGAGCUGAACAGGAUGGUCUCCUCUAAAUGUAAGCGGCAGCAAAUCCCCCAGCACCUCAUCCAGCAGAAAAUAUCAAAUAUUUCUCUGCCUACAAAAUCCCAGCACUUCUUGGGGAAUCCGAACCCAAGCUGGACUUCACUAAAGAAGAAACAGCAUCUGCUAUCAGAGCUAUUCACCAAAGUUCAACUGAAGGAGAAGUCCUUAUUCCCAGACAACUUCUCCCUGUCCCGCAGCCAAAGCUCUGGUGAGAAGAGGCCACUGGACAUGCCAUCCCUCCUCCACUUGCAGAGUUCUCACAGCCAUGAUGUUUCUCUGAGGGAUCUGCUGGUGGUUGCCACUCCAGCCCGCCUGGAUCCAAGGCCUGGCAGACGCUAUACAGGUGCUAUGAAGGACCCGUGUAUACAGGACCAGGGAGCAUAAAGUCACUGCCUGAUCUCUGGCCAAAAAGGAUGUGAGAGGCAAUAGGUAGGCCCACCCAUAAUCCUUUUAUGUACCUGGUACAUUGGCAGGUACUGUAUGUGUAUAUUUUUGGAAUGUUGGGUAGGUAGGUGAUAAAGACAUACAAGUAAGUGGACAAUUAAGACUAACAUCAGUCAAAAUGUGACUCCCCGCCACACCACCACCACCACCACCUUGCAAUGUAUAUUUCUGCUAUGACUGAUCCGUUCCCACUGCUUUAAACAUACUUUGCCUUGUCUUUCACUUACGGCUAAAAUUGAGACAGUCAUUAAUGCCAGCCCCGGGAAUAGAAUAAUGUCAACUAUGAGGCGUUGAUUUCCAUACCUUUCAACUGUGCCAGCUUGGCCUAGGUCCAGGUCACUUGCCCCAAAAGCUGACCCUGUAAUGGAGUGUACUGAGGGGACCAAACAAGCAGACAGUGGAUCCUGAGAAGAUUUGUAAACAAAAACCUUUAAGCUUUGAUUCCACUGUGAGAAAGGACCAAAGAGAGCAAGGAGCCUUCUGUCAGACCGUUAGUGCUUCUGAAAGAAGGUGAUAUGUAAAAACUUAGGAGAACUCUACAAUAUAGCAUUGCAUAUAGUAGAGGGGUUUGUGCUGCUUGGCUGCCUAUAGAAGAAGGCUAUACAUUUAAAUUAUUUCCCUUAAUCGUGUCACCUAAAGCAGACUGUGACCAGACAAUCUGAUCUGGCCCCCUCAUGACCAGUAGCUCAUAUUGCAGGACUGUUUGGGUGCAGGUAAAAAUGCACAUUCCAGGGCUGGCCGAGUGGCAGGUUGGUUAAGAGCUGGCUUGGGAUGCCAGAGGGCCCCAGUUCGGA